AUGCGACCCGAAGUGGCCGACGCGCCUGACGCGGCCGGUGCCCCCGACGCGCCCGAUGCACCAAUGGAUGAGGAAGAGAUAACAGGUGUGUCGUGCGAAACAGAUUUGUCUAGCGCUGACAUUGACACUCUUCUGGAAGAAAAUAGGAGGCUGCAAAUGGAAAAUCAAGCUCUCAAAGAAGAAACAAAAACUGUGUAUGGUAACGUCGACCUCAAGAAUGACUCGGAGGUGGAGUUCUUUACAGGAUUACCAAGCAGCGGAAUGUUCUGGGCUCUGCUCCAUUACAUUCUGGCACUCUACACUCCAAACUUCAGUGCCAAGAUACCGCACUGGAGCCAACUCCUGAUGGUGUUGAUGAAGCUCCGCCUCGGCCUCCUCAACAAGGACCUAUCGUCCAGGUUUGGAAUUUCUCCUGGAACUGUAUCAAAAGUCUUCCAUGCCUGGAUUAACAUCCUCAGUGUUGAGCUGUCUCCAUGCAUUCUCUGGCCUAAAGCGGACACAGUUAGACAGCGGCUCCCAAAGCUGUGCACGGUACCAAUGCUACGGAACCUUCGGUGCAUCAUUGAUUGCUCGGAAAUCUUCAUAGAGCGACCAUGCACCUUUAAGGCAAGGACGCAAACGUUCUCGUCUUACAAACAUCAUAACACGGUAAAGUUCUUAAUCGCCAUUUGUCCAAGUGGAGGGAUCUGUUUCAUUUCUAAAUGCUGGGGUGGGAAGGUGAGCGAUCUGGAGCUCACAAGACACUGUGGGUUUUUGGACUUCAUUCAGAGCGGGGACCUCGUGAUGGCCGAUAGGGGAUUUCCCAUUGAAGAACUUCUAGCUAUUCGUGGGGCUUCCCUGAUAGUCCCGGCCUAUACACGAGGGAAGACUCAGCUAACACGCCAAGAAGUUGAAGUGUCCCGAAGGAUCUCCAGUGUUCGGAUACAAGUCGAGAGAACCAUUGGUCAGCUGAAGAAGUUCCACCUCCUGCAGCGCAUCAUUCCUGUCUCACUUCUGAAAAAAAAGGGGGACAGGGGCAUGGCAACGAUUGACAAAAUCGUCGUUAUAUGUGCUGCCCUUGUAAAUAUGCGCAGUUCAAUUUUUGGCAAGAAGAAGGAUGGUGGUUCUUGA